GAAGAAUCGUUAGCGAGGUAAGAUGGCGGCGCCAGAGGUGCAGGAAUUAUCUCAGGCGCAGACCGAAAAACUCCUUCAAUUUCAGGACUUGACAGGCUUGGAGUCUAUGGACCAAUGUCGUCACACAUUAGAACAACACAAUUGGAACAUUGAGGCUGCGGUGCAGGACAGACUGAACGAGCAGGAAGGAGUUCCCAGUGUGUUUAACCCGCCGCCCUCCAGACCCUUACAGGUCAACACAGCAGACCACAGAGUGUAUAGCUAUAUCGUCUCCAGGCCACAACCCAGAGGAUUAAUAGGAUGGAGUUACUACAUGAUAAUGCUACCUUUCAGAUUGACAUAUUACACACUUAUGGACAUAUUCAGGUUUGCCCUGCGGUGGGUCAGGCCAGACCCUCGUGGACGCGUCACAGACCCUGUGGGUGACGUUGUCUCUUUCAUCCAUAGUUUUGAAGAGAAGUACGGUCGAUCGCAUCCAGUGUUUUACCAGGGAACAUAUAGCCAGGCAUUGAAUGAUGCCAAACGUGAGCUUCGCUACUUGUUAGUUUACCUCCAUGGAGAGGACCACCAGGAUACAGACCAGUUCUGCCGCUCCACGUUAUGUACAGAAGAGGUCCAGACCUUCCUCAACACCAGAACGCUGUUCUGGGCCUGCUCCACCAGCAAGCCUGAGGGAUACAGAGUGUCCCAGGCGCUGCGUGAGAACACCUACCCGUUCCUGGCCGUGAUCAUGCUGAAGGACCGUAAGAUGACCGUGGUGGGACGUCUGGAGGGGCUCAUCCAAUCAGAGGACCUCCUCAACCAGCUGACCUUCAUCAUGGAGGCCAAUCAGACCCACCUGAUGUCUGAACGCAUGGAGCGGGAGGAGAGGAACCAGACGCAGGUGUUGCGGGCGCAGCAGGACGAUGCCUACCUGGAGUCGCUGAGAGCCGACCAGGAGAAGGACCGGAGGAAGAGGGAGGAGCAGGAGAAGGUCCAGGCGGAGGAGGAGAUGGUCCGGCAGACCGUUCUGGCCGAGGAGAGGAGGAGGAGGACGCUGGAGGAAGAGAAGGAGCGCAAGUCAGAAUGUCUUCCCCCCGAGCCCACGGCAGACGACCCUGACAGCGUCAAGAUAGUUUUCAAACUGCCUAACGACACCAGAGUAGAGAGGCGCUUCCUCUUCCAGCAGUCUCUGACGGUAAUAUACGACUUCCUGUUCUCAUUGAAGGAGACCCCGGAGAAAUUCCAGAUAGUAACAAACUUCCCUCGCCGGGUUCUGCCCUGCCUUCCCACGGAGGAGCAGCCCAAUCCUCCCAGCCUGAAAGAGGCCGGCCUCAGCCGUUCUGAGGUCCUCUUUGUUCAGGAUCUCACGGACGAUUGACACCUAGCUAACCUUCUCCUCCACCUCCAACAUGGGAAAACAACUGUUCUGUUUUUUUUGUUUUUUUUUGUAUCUUCACAAUUUUAUUUUUAUGGCCGUUGUGCACAAGGGAUCACUGUCUGAAAGAAUGAAACAAAAACUCUAACCCAAAAUAAUUUACCCCUAGCAGAGCUGAUACCACCACCUCUCUCCAGUUCAAUUUGGUUCUGUUUAAAAGGAGAGCAAUGUGAACGUUACAUAUACGUUACAUAUUUAAAGAACAAGGCUGAAAAAGCACGACUUUUUAUUAUUAUUAUUUUUUUCAAUCAAAGUUGACGCUAUAAUGUGAUUGUCAUGAGACGACCAAACAGGCGAGGUUUGAGUUCCGUACCACCAGAGUUCAGUUUAGAACUACAACACAGUUCAGUUUAGAACUACAACACAGUUCAACAACCAGAAGAAGCCACAGCUUUGACAUGUGGCUUUACCCAUCUAUAGUAAAACAGUCAGCCCAUAGUCUGGGCUGGUCAUGUAAAGAUGUCAUUUUCCAACAACUAUAAAUUAAACAUUUUUAAAAUGUUGUGGUGGUUUUGAUAAUAUUCCUGUCAGUCAGUCCUCUUUGCCUGUGCUCAGGUCUCUUGGUCUAAUAAAUCGCAGGCUUCCUACCAGCCCACAGAAACUCU